AUGCUACGAAUAUGGCAUGUAUCUAGGGUGACGAGAAUAACGUUUCAGAGAUUUAACCAGACGUUAACUAACAAAAUCAACGCAGUUCCUAUUGAUAAAUAUAGGGUAUUUUCUAUUGUAGCUCAUAUCGAUCACGGUAAAUCGACACUUAGUGACAGAUUACUAGAGAUCACGGACGUUAUUUCUGAUACAGAUACAAAUGCUCAGGUGUUAGACAAAUUAGAAGUUGAGAGAGAACGUGGUAUCACAAUCAAGGCCCAAACAUGCACUAUGUUUUAUAAGGAUUACUUAUUGCAAUUAAUUGAUACCCCAGGUCAUGUCGACUUUAAAGGUGAAGUCAGUAGAGCAUUUUCUUCAGUUGAUGGAGCAAUUUUACUAGUGGACGCACAAAAGGGAGUUCAAGCUCAAACAGUAGCAAAUUUCCAAAUGGCCAAUGACUACGGAGUUAAGAUGCUACCUGUAAUCAAUAAAGUUGAUUUACUGAAUGCUGAGGUUCAGAAAGUUGAAGAUCAAAUAGUUUCAUCGUUAGGUUUUAGAAGAGAGGAUAUCGUCAAGAUAAGUGCCAAGAGUGGAUUGAAUAUCGAAGAAAAAUUGCUACCUGCUAUUAUAAAUUCAAUUCCAUCCCCAACUGGUGAGAUCAAAAAACCAUUCAGAUCAUUAAUUUUAGAUUCUUGGUAUGACUCAUACCUUGGCGUAGUUAUGCUUGUGAAAGUAGUCGACGGAGAAGUGAAGAAAGGUGAUAAAAUCUCAAGUGGUCGAAUGAAGAAGAAGUUUGAAGUGAAAGAGAUUGGAAUAAUGUAUCCAAAUCAAACACCUACAGGUAAUUUAAAGGCUGGACAAGUGGGAUAUAUAGUUCCAGGUACAAAAGAUUUUAAAGAUGCAUUACUCGGAGAUACUCUAGUUCAUGUAGCCCAAGAGAAGAAAACUGAACUACUGCCCGGAUUUGAAGAACCUAAGCCUAUGGUAUUUGUAGGUGCUUUCCCUGCUGAUGGUAUAGAUUUAAAGAUUAUGGAUGAUGACAUUAACAGAUUGGUGCUGAAUGAUAGAUCUGUCACUUUACAGAGGGAAACUUCGAAUGCCUUGGGUCAAGGGUGGAGACUCGGAUUCUUAGGGUCACUUCAUGCCUCUGUUUUUAAAGAACGUUUAGAAAAGGAAUACGGAUCAAAACUUAUUAUCACACAUCCAACAGUACCUUAUCUUGUCCAAUAUGACAAUGGUGUUCAAAAAAUUGUUAGAAAUCCAGAUGAAUUCCCUGACUCAACGUCUAAAAAUAGAACCAGAUUAAAAUCUUUACAAGAACCUUAUGUGGAGGCUAUAAUGACUUUACCAAAUGAAUAUUUAGGUACAGUGAUCCAGCUAUGUAACAAUGCUCGUGGAGAACAAAUUGAACUCUCUUAUUUAGAUGUCAGAGAUUCUGUAUUAUUGAAAUAUCACAUUCCAUUAUCCCAAUUGGUUGAUGAUUUCUUUGGCAAAUUAAAAUCUGCUACCAAAGGUUUUGCUACUCUUGAUUAUGAAGAUUGUGGUUAUAAGGAAUCUGAUAUUGUUAAAUUAGAAUUGUUAGUUAAUGGGAGAAGUUUGGAUGCGUUAUCACAAGUUGUUCAUAAAUCACAAGUUGAGAAGAUAGGGCGAGAAUGGGUUAAAAAAUUUAAGGAAUACGUUAAUUCACAGCUGUAUGAAGUCGUAAUACAAGCACGAGUCAACAAUAAGAUUGUGGCUCGUGAAACGUUGAAGGCUCGUCGUAAAGAUGUCUUAGCAAAAUUGCAUGCUUCAGAUGUUUCAAGAAGAAAAAAGUUAUUAGUAAAACAAAAGGAAGGUAAGAAACAUUUGAAAUCUAUUGGUAAUAUUCAAAUCUCUCAAGAUGCAUAUCAAGCAUUUUUGAGAAAAUAA